UUAGAGGUUCUAGGGAGGGGGGGCGUUGAAUUAUACGUUAGAGCUUUGGUUGAGACCCUGAUUUCCUUCUGAUCCUGACACACAUACAAACACAAACACACACAGCACUCUGACAGACGGACAGAGGACGGACGGACGGACGGACGGACGAAGCAAGCAGGAACAACAAAGAAAAAAGAAAGAAGGCAAAAGAAAGCUCAAAGAAGCGAAGCUGAGAAAGCAAAGGAAAGGAAGAAGAGCAGGAAUCAGCCGGGAGAAAGAGGUGCUGUGUGCUGUGUUAAAGCGAAACCACCAACAAAAUCCCAAACCAGUCAAAGCACUUCCCUCAGAGAAACACCUCAGGAAACAUUUCGUUGAUCAGCUGGAUUUUUAGCAAGUGAACAGGUUUCCCUGUUUGUCGAGAAAAGUAGAACCUUAAAACCUACAACAACAAAAAACAACCUCAACACUCACACAAUGGCCCCCAAGAAGAAGGCCUCCCGUCAGAAGAAGCCUGCCGCGGAAACCAUGGAGACCCUCCCAAUCCAGCUGAAGGUGGAGAGCCGUGGUGACGGUGUGGUGGUGGUGGAGGGCGGGAUGAAGAAGAUCGAGCAGAUGGCGGCGCUGGACAUCGCGCAGCUCAACAGCCUCAACCUGCCGCUGCCGCCGCCCGUCAUCAAGCCCGGAGAGAGAGGCCUCGGCCUGGGCAGCGAGCUGACGCGGCCCCUGCACGGCAACGCCCUGCUGGAGGAGCUCAGCAAGAUGCGGCAGGAGAAGUUCCUCACUGAUCUGGAGUUGGCCUGUAAGACGAAGGCCUUCGACGUCCACAAGCUUGUCAUCUCCUCCGUCAGUCAGUACUUCAGAGAGAUUUUGGCUAAAGACCCGGGCAUGAAGCGCCUGGAGCUCCCCUCCCUCUCACCUCUAGGCCUCGCUAACGUCAUCACCUUCGCCUACCUGGGUCGCGUCCACAUGUCCCUCUACACCAUCGGCUGCACCGUCUCCGCCGCCGCCACCCUGCAGAUCUCUCAGCUGCUCAAGAUGUGCAUGGACUUCCUGCUGGCCGAGCUCAACGUGCAGACCUGCGUCUACAUCUGGAACAUCGCGGCCGCCUACGGCCUGAGGCCGGUGUGCGAUGCCGCGCGCCGCUUCGUCCUGGAGAACUUUGUGCAGUUCGCCGACACGCCGCUGUUCAACCAGCUGACCCUGGAGCAGAUCUCCGCCUUCCUGCAGGACGACUCGCUGCUGUUGCCUUCAGAGGUCACCGCCUUCCAGCUGGCCAUGAGGUGGCUUGACUUCGACGCCUCUCGUCAGGGCCACGCCACCGAGCUGCUGUCCCACAUCCGCUUUGAGACGAUCCCGGCCAGCGAGCUGGUGAGCCAGAUCCAGCCGGUGCCCCGCAUGAUGAUGGACCCUCACUGCCACCGCCUGCUGGUGGACGCCAUGAACUACCACCUGCUGCCCUACCAGCAGAACACCCUGCAGUCCCGACGCACACAGGUCCGCGCCAGUCAGCAGACCCUGCUCACCGUCGGGGGUCGACCAUCGCUCACCGAGAGAGCUCUCAGCCGCGAGGUGCUGUGGCGAGACCCUCGUGAAGGAGGAGCCACCUGGCGUCACCUCACCCAGCUGCCGGCGAAGAGCUUCAACCAGUGUGUGGCUGUGAUGGACGGCUUCCUGUACGUGGCUGGAGGAGAGGACCAGAACGACGCCCGCAACCAGGCCAAGCACGCCGUCAGCACCCUCAGCAGAUAUGAUCCUCGCUUCAACACCUGGCUCCACCUGGCCAGCAUGCGUCAGCGCCGCACCCACUUCUCCCUGACGGCCAGCGGCGGCCGCCUGUUCGCCAUCGGCGGCCGCAACGUUGAGGGUCUGCUGGCCACCACCGAGAGCUACCUGCCCUCCUCCAACACCUGGCAGAUGCGCGCCCCCAUGGAGGUGCCCCGCUGCUGCCACUCCAGCGCCACGCUGCCCUCCGGAGACGUCCUGGUGACCGGCGGGUACGUCAACUGCGCCUACUCCCGCUCCGUGGCGUGCUACAGCGUGGACGCCGACACGUGGAGCGAGAAGGCGUCCAUGGAGACGCCGCGCGGCUGGCACUGCUCCGCCGCCCUCGGAGGGAAGGUGUACGUGGUGGGAGGAAGCCAGCUGGGGCCCGGCGGCGAGCGGGUGGACGUGCUCUCCGUGGAGGUCUUCUCCCUGGAGGGCGGCGCCUGGAGCCGCGCCGCGCCGCUCCCUCUCGGCGUGAGCACCGCGGGUCUGUCCCCGCUGGCCGACCAGCUGUACCUGCUGGGAGGCUGGAACGAGGCGGAGAAGCGCUACAAGGCGGCCGUCCAGAAGUACGACCCGGCCACAGACAGCUGGUCCGUGGCCGAGGACCUGCCCGAGCCCACCGUGGGGGUGUCCUGCUGCACCCUGAGCCUGCCGCCCCGCCACACACCGCGCCGCCAGCAGCACCGCAACACCCCGGCCCACGAAGAACAGCAGCAGGCCGGGAAGAACCGGAGCGGAGAGAGCAGCGUGGCAUAGAGAAACAUGCAUGGGAGAGACUAGGAGAGGAGGGCUGGUUAAACCACUGGACAACAUCUGGAUCAUGUCUGCUCUUUAUUCUCUGUGUGUGUAUAUAUAUAUAUAUAUAUAUAUAUAUAUAUAUAGUGUGUUAUAUCCAGUGUAUGUGGAAAAAUUUACCUACUUACUUACUAAAAUGUAUUUCAGUCUGCAAUUAAUCCCACAAAUAAUGUGGAUAAAGAAAAAAAAAAACAAUAAAAAAUACAACAAACUAUACUAAUUACUAUAGAAAACAAACCAGCAAAAAGAUUUUUUUCUUCCGAGCAUUAAAAGUAAGUAAAAUAUAUUUUGGAAAUAAAAAUCUAACAUGAUUAUUGAGAAUUUGAUUGGACAACAUUUUGCAUAUUUUCCAUAGAUUUACACAAUUUAGAUUUAGCAUUGGUGCUUAAUCCUUUUUGAGGUGAUUUUAGGGUUUCUAAAAAAAACAUUUUUACUUGACAUUAGACCUUUAUUAUUAUAAUUACUAGAGGAGGAAGAUGCUAAUUUGAAUGCCCAGGUUGUGCAAGAAAAGAAAAGAGAGCUUGCAUGAUCCAAAGUGGUCUCAGAAAGUUUAACAUUGAUGGAAACUGAGAAGAAAAGGUCGAUAAGGGUUGAAUUGUAGAGCGGAACAGGUGGAGGUAGAGAGGUGAUGGGUGGAGGAGGAUGAUGGAAAGAAGGGAACAGUGGCUGUCUGCGUUUGAGCGGGUUGAAAAAAGUUAAAACCUCACUGUGAAUCCCCUGGCAGUUUGUGUACAAAGAUGUAUCUAAGCUGUGUGUGUGUGUGUGUGUGUGUUUUAACGGUGAAAAUAAAUGUGAAUGUGUGUGUGGUUUAACUGUGACAAUAAAUGUGUGUGUGUGUGUGUGUGUGUGUGUGUGUGUGUGUGUGUGUGCGUCUGACAGAGAGGAGUGUUUGGCUGGAACAGGAAAAUGAGGCAAUUCUGACAAAAACCUUUCAGAUUUCUCACCAGCAAAAUUUUAAUAUUUCUCAUGAGGAUCAAAGCAGGUCAGCAAUAAACCAACCUGUUUGAUUUAUCUAUUUAACGGAUAUCUGUCAGAAGUAGUGUAGCUCAAUUGUGACAAAAGUAUUUAUAGAUUUAGUAAAUAUGUAUUUUAUAAGUGCAAUGGAGUCAAAGGAUUUAGAGUGAAUACAAGGAAGGCGGGUGAACUCAACACAGGUGAAACAUCUUAAAAGAAUGCAUAAAAAUCUAACAAAAAAAAAUCCACCCAAACCUCACCCAUGUUUGUGUAUUUGCCGUCAUCAGACGUUGUCUAAUUCUUACUGAAACUAAGACAAACCAAUUGAACCAGUGAGACUCCAGCAGGUGGAAAGAGUAACCGCUUAAAAGUGGCAACUGCAUAUUGAGUUAUUGAUAAAUAUGAUUUAUCUGUAGAUGCAAUGAGGCUGAUCUGGCUCAUUUGAUUGGAUGAAUCCCUCUCUAUUAGUUAGUGGAUGAGCUCUGUGCUGGUGGUUUCACUGAAUAAAGCCAAUGUGAUCAAAACA